AUGGCGGACUACGAGGAGGUGUACGAGGAUGAAUACUACGAGGAUGAGGAGGAAGGCAUCACUUCUGAGGAUUGCUGGACCGUCAUUUCAUCGUACUUCGACACAAAAGGUCUAGUGUCCCAGCAGUUGGACUCUUUCGAUGAAUUCAUCUCUUCGACGAUGCAGGAGUUAGUCGAAGAGCAGGGACAGGUUACCAUCGAUCAGACAAUCACGCCGAACGAAGACGAAAUCGAUCCGGUUGUUAUCCGUCGAUAUGAAAUCAAAUAUGGCACAAUUAUGCUUGCCCGACCAUCGUUUUCUGAAAUCAACGGAGCUGCAACUCUCCUCCUGCCCAUGGAGGCGCGUCAUCGAAAUCUCACCUAUGCCUCCCCUCUCUAUCUCAACGUUCAGCGAAGAUUAACGGAAGGUCGCGAGCGCAAGGCCGUCGACCGCGAAGGUGAAGGCGAUGAGAAUGAGGAACAGAAGCCUGGCGGAACAUACCUAGACUGGGAGGAGAAGCCGUUGGUCGUUUCAGAGGAAGAGGCGAAGGGUUGUUAUAUCGGCAGAAUUCCUAUUAUGUUGAAGUCGAAAUAUUGUUUGCUGAGAGAUCUCAGCGAGCAAAGCCUAUACAACUGGAAUGAAUGCCCAUAUGAUUCUGGUGGUUAUUUCAUCAUCAACGGAAGUGAGAAGGUUUUGAUCGCACAGGAGCGAAGUGCUGGAAAUAUCGUUCAGGUCUUCAAGAAGGCGCCUCCCAGCCCGACGCCUUAUAUCGCAGAAAUUCGAAGUGCUGUUGAGAAGGGUUCUCGCAUUCUUUCUCAACUUUCGCUCAAGCUUUUCGCUAAGGGCGACAGCAGCAAGGGUGGAUUCGGUCCAACCAUCAGAUCUUCCCUGCCAUACAUCAAGACAGAUAUUCCCAUCGUCAUUGUGUUCCGAGCUCUUGGUGUCGUUUCCGAUGAAGAUAUUCUUAACCACAUUUGUUAUGAUCGCAAUGACACACCUAUGUUGGAGAUGUUGAAGCCUUGUAUUGAAGAAGGUUUCGUUAUUCAAGAUCGUGAGGUUGCGCUCGACUUUAUCAGCAAACGUGGUUCGUCCCAAACCAGUAUGAGCCAUGACAGACGCGUGCGAUAUGCAAGAGAAAUUAUGCAGAAAGAGUUCCUUCCUCACAUUUCCCAGAGUGAAGGAAGUGAAACUAGGAAGGCUUUCUUCUUGGGUUACAUGGUUCAUAAACUGCUGCAAUGUGCUCUUGGCCGUCGAGAUGUCGAUGAUCGUGACCACUUCGGUAAAAAGCGACUAGAUCUGGCUGGUCCAUUACUUGCUACGCUUUUCCGAACUCUUUUCACCCGUGUUACAAGAGAUCUCACCCGCUACGUCCAGAGAUGCGUUGAAACAAACCGUGAAGUGGUUCUUAACGUCGGUCUCAAGCCAGCCACUCUUACAGGUGGUUUGAAAUAUGCACUCGCUACCGGAAACUGGGGUGAACAGAAGAAGGCAAUGAGCUCGAAAGCAGGUGUCUCCCAGGUGCUUAGUCGAUACACCUUUGCCUCUACUUUGUCUCAUUUAAGACGUACCAAUACACCUAUUGGUCGUGAUGGAAAAAUUGCCAAGCCUCGUCAGCUACACAACACUCACUGGGGUCUGGUUUGUCCUGCCGAGACCCCUGAAGGUCAAGCUUGUGGUUUGGUCAAGAAUUUGGCUUUGAUGUGUUCUAUCACUGUGGGUUCUCCUAGCGAGCCUAUUGUUGAUUUCAUGAUCCAGCGGAACAUGGAAGUACUCGAAGAGUUUGAACCACUCGUUACCCCUCAUGCCACCAAGGUCUUUGUCAAUGGUGUUUGGGUUGGUGUUCAUCGUGACCCAGCGCAUUUGGUCAGCACUGUCCAGUCACUACGUCGACGAAACAUGAUUUCGCACGAAGUCAGUUUGGUUCGUGACAUUCGUGACCGGGAGUUCAAGAUUUUCACAGAUGCCGGCCGUGUUUGUCGACCACUUUUCGUUAUCGACAACGACCCACGAAGCGAAAACUGCGGUUCUUUGGUACUCAACAAAGACCAUAUUCGCAGGCUUGAAGCAGACCGCGAACUUCCACCAGAUCUUGACCCCGAAGAACGAAGGGAACAGUAUUACGGUUGGGAGGGUCUUGUCAAAUCAGGAGUUAUUGAGUAUGUUGAUGCCGAAGAAGAAGAAACUAUCAUGAUCGCCAUGUCUCCUGAGGAUCUCGAAAUUUCGAAACAACUACAAGCCGGUUAUACCUUGCCUGAAGACAAUAAUGAUCCAAACAAGCGUGUCCGUUCAGUGUUGAGUCAGAGGGCGCACAUCUGGACUCACUGUGAGAUUCAUCCAAGUAUGAUUCUCGGUAUUUGCGCCAGUAUCAUUCCGUUCCCCGAUCACAAUCAAUCUCCUCGUAACACUUACCAAUCUGCUAUGGGUAAACAAGCUAUGGGUGUCUUUUUGACCAAUUUCGACCAGCGCAUGGAGACCAUGGCCAACAUUCUCUACUACCCUCAGAAGCCCUUGGCCACUACGCGGUCUAUGGAGUUCCUCAAAUUCCGAGAAUUGCCUGCCGGCCAAAACGCCAUUGUUGCCAUCGCUUGUUACUCUGGAUACAACCAGGAAGAUUCGGUCAUUAUGAACCAAAGCAGCAUUGACCGCGGUCUCUUCCGUAGUUUGUUUUACCGCACCUAUACCGAGGCGGAAAGAAAGCUUGGUCUUCAGACCAUUGAGAAGUUUGAAAAGCCGAUGCGUUCUGACACACUCGGUAUGAGGAAAGGUACUUACGACAAGAUCGAAGAUGAUGGUCUCGUGGCGCCAGGCGUUCGUGUCACCGGUGAAGACAUUAUUAUCGGUAAGACCGCUCCUUUGGCACCAGAGUCUGAGGAACUGGGUCAACGUACCAAGGCACAUACAAAGGUGGAUGUAUCUACACCGCUACGAGCUACCGAAUCUGGUAUUGUCGAUCAGGUGUUGUUGACUACCGGCAACGAUCCUGAUCUCAGAUUGGUCAAAGUUCGUAUGCGAACGACAAAGAUUCCUCAAAUUGGUGACAAGUUUGCUUCGCGUCACGGUCAGAAGGGUACUAUUGGUAUCACCUAUCGUCAUGAAGAUAUGCCUUUUACGCGCGAGGGUAUCGUUCCGGAUUUGAUCAUCAACCCUCACGCCAUUCCUUCUCGUAUGACGAUUGCUCACUUGAUUGAGUGUCAAUUGAGUAAAGUGUCUUCCCUUCGUGGUUUUGAAGGUGACGCCACUCCCUUCACAGAUGUCACUGUCGACUCUGUGUCUCGAUUGCUACGCGAGCAUGGCUACCAGUCGCGUGGGUUCGAAGUGAUGUACAACGGUCAUACUGGUAAGAAGCUCAAGGCUCAAGUAUUCUUGGGUCCUACGUACUACCAACGUCUCCGACAUAUGGUGGACGACAAGAUCCACGCUCGUGCACGUGGUCCUACUCAGAUCUUGACCAGACAGCCUGUAGAAGGUCGUGCCCGUGACGGUGGUCUACGUUUCGGAGAGAUGGAGCGCGAUUGUAUGAUUGCACACGGUGCCAGUGCCUUCUUGAAGGAGCGUCUUUUCGAUGUAUCAGAUCCAUUCCGUGUCCACAUUUGCGAUGACUGCGGUUUGAUGACUCCGAUUGCAAAACUCAAGAAAGGACUUUUCGAAUGUCGACUAUGCAACAACAAGCACCGCAUUUCUCAAGUUCACAUCCCAUAUGCAGCCAAGUUACUUUUCCAGGAACUUGCCGCAAUGAACAUUGCGGCGCGCAUGUUCACCGACCGCUCUGGUGUCUCUAUCCGAUAG